CGUUGUUGUACCGAACUGCCCAGAGCAAAGUGCUGUGUUCUGCUAUCGAUGCUUAGUAGUCUAGAGGUCUUUCACCACAUUAAAGUAGCUCAGAUAUGAAUAUCGUUGCUACAGAUGAUCUUCUUAAUGUAUAAUUCCAUGACGUCAUGUCACAUUGUCAGCUAUCCUUCUUGAUCUGGUCACGGUUAUUCAUUUACUCACGCCCUCCCACCUGUUGUAGCCCUAUUCUAUUGAGGCGUGUUUAUUUUAGCUUUUUUUUCAUAACGUUCAUUCCCCUGGCAUUCAUAUUAAUAUUGUUCUUUGUAUUAUUUUGAAAUCUUUGAUUAGUUAAGUUCCUAUGCUGAUAUGAAAACGUAAUGUGCCACACAGUUGUUUUGUUUUCUUCCGUAUGGACGGAAAAUACGUAGGUGUUCUAUCCCUCGGGAAGCAUUAAGUGCUGUGCAGUAUCAUUUUCACGGGAAGCUUUGCUCAACUGUCCGUGCAGUGUUUGGCGAACCCUGGAAGCUGUGCUUUGUCCGCGGCCGCCCGGGGACUGCCCUCCCCGCCGGACACCAACUCCUCUCUCCCCUCGGCCGCCAUUAGCCUAGGGGUCCCCGCUCCGGGCUAGCCUCGGCUCGUGCCAGCCUCGUGCCAACCCCGUGUGACCUCUUUCCUCUUUCAUUGUCAUUGUGCUGCUUUACAGUCAUGAGCGCAUCCGCAUCGCCAGGAGGAAAAACCGUUUCUGUCAUAGGAAGUGGGCUGAUAGGCUGCUCUUGGGCCAUGGUUUUCCUGAGCGCAGGAUACAAAGUGAAGCUCUAUGACAGCCAGCCAGGACAGGCGGCCAGGGCCAUCCGGGACAUGAGGAGGAAACUGGAGGAGUUGCAGCAAAAUCAAAUGUUGAGGGGUGACUUGAACGUAGAGGAGCAGCUAGCCCUGCUAAGCAGCUAUGACGACCUGUCUGAGGCACUCAAGGGCACCUUUUUCGUUCAGGAAUGUGUCUUUGAGGAGCUGGAGGCCAAGCAGAGUGUCUUCCAUGUAGUUGAGAAUUGUGUUGGAGAGGAUGUAAUCCUCAGCAGUUCUACAUCCUGCCUACUACCUAGUAAUGUCUUCUCUCGAGUCCAGAACAAGAAGCGCUGCAUUGUGUCCCAUCCUGUGAACCCUCCGUAUUAUGUCCGUCUGGUCGAGCUGGUUCCACAUCCUGAGACUCUGCCAGCUGUGAUGGAGCAAACUUACGCUUUGAUGACCGAAGUCGGCCAAACACCGGUCCGUCUUACGAAGGAGAUUGAUGGCUUUGCCCUUAAUCGUGUGCAAUAUGCCAUCAUUGCAGAAUCCUGGAGGCUCGUCAAGGAUGGUAUUAUCUCUGUUGAAGACAUUGACCUAGUGAUGUCAGAGGGAUUGGGCAUGCGAUACGCUUUUAUUGGUCCCAUGGAAACCAUGCACCUCAAUGCCCCUGAUGGUUUGGAAGACUACUUAAGUCGCUACAAGGAUGGGAUGCAGAGGGUACUUUCAUCUUUUGGUCCCGUUCCAGAAUUUUCUGGUAACGAAGCCAAGGUUAUUAAUCAGGAAAUGUGUAAUUUCAUUUCCAAAGACCAGCUGUCUUCCAGGAGAGCUCGUCGAGAUCAGCUUCUUAUGGGCCUGGCCAAGCUGAAGAAAUGAACAUUGUCUUGGUGGCUUAUGCUUAUUUUGAUUUAUUAAGUGUUACUUUUAAGAAAAAUAUUCUUAAUUUAUCAAAGUAGUUUGAAUCAUGAUGAUAACUCAGAAGCCCAAAUUUUAACUCUUUUAAAUGCAGUGUGGAAAGUGUUUUUCCCAAGAACAGUGAGCUGAUCACAAUCACCAGCUUCCAUGCACUUUUUGCAUCUUCACUACAGUGAGUUAAACAUAUUGGAAGGGCAAAAUUACAUUACAUAAAAUUACAUUUUAUUUCCAAUUUCUUAAGUAUCUCCAAGAAUAUUACUUUUAGAAAGUACCUUUCAGUUUAAGCUGGUUUUUAAAAAUGUUUUGUUAAAUUUGACUGAUAAUGUUGCUGUUCAUGUACAGUAGAUGGAUAUGUUAAACACUUUCAUAUGUAAUGGUGAUUUAAACAAUACUGAAUUAACCUGGUAGAGAUACAAAAUAUUUGUACAAUGGAAAAUGAUACAUCAGCAAAUUUCUACAGUAGUUUUCUUCUGUAAUUUAAAUUAUUUUCUUAUGGGAACUUUUAAAGAAUUUGAAGAAUUGAUUUAUGCUGUACCCAGUUCUACAUAAUACAAGGAUAAAAGUGAAAUUGUAGCUGGUAGCAAACUAAAUUUUAAAAGCCCACUGUUCAGGUGCGUGUACGUGAACAGUGGGCUUUUAAAAUUUAAAUAGGCCAAAGGGUGACUGGUUACACACUCUUCGUGUAGCUAGAUGAAAUGCGAUAGAAGUGAUUCUGUAGUCUUGACAAAGGAAGGACGAUUGCUCCACCUCCGAGAGACCGUAGGAGAAAAGCACUGUAGUUAUUUCUGGUCCUUCUAACACCGGAAACUCACAAUACUCACAGCUCCUAGCUGUUUCAAUGUGCCUGAAUAAAACAGUCCCAUCCAGCUGUGCAGUGUGUAAUGACCCAUGGCUGUUAUUGCUUCAUGAAGGGCACCAAGUGUUCAUAAAG